GGGUUAACAGUGAAGAUGAGCGGAAGAGGCAAAGGAGGAAAAGGACUCGGUAAAGGAGGCGCUAAGCGUCACCGUAAAGUCCUCCGUGAUAACAUCCAGGGAAUCACCAAGCCCGCUAUCCGCCGUCUGGCUCGCCGCGGUGGAGUGAAGCGUAUCUCCGGUCUGAUCUACGAGGAGACCCGCGGAGUGCUGAAGGUGUUCCUGGAGAACGUGAUCCGUGAUGCCGUCACCUACACCGAGCACGCCAAGAGGAAGACGGUGACCGCCAUGGAUGUGGUGUACGCUCUGAAGAGACAGGGACGCACCCUCUACGGAUUCGGGGGUUAAACUCUGACUGGCAACCCAAAAACCAAAUGGAUUUCGAGAGCGAGCAUGACGCGAGAGAGAGAGAGAGAGAGAGACUGUUUGAUUGGCUGAAUAUUUGGAUGCUGAUAGAUCCCGCGCUCCUUCCAAAUAUCUUUAUGCUACGGUCGCAUUAAUGUACGGUCUAAAUGACAAAUUCAGGU